AUGCAGAAUCUCCGGGAGGCCCUGGACAUAGUCAGGGAGGAGAAGGAAAAGGCCCUCAAGGAGCUGGCUUUGAGCCGCAAACACAACGUUCAUUUGGUAGACUCACUCGAUAAAAGUGUCGACGCAAUAAUGCUCAAAGACAAACAAUUGAAGGAUCUCCGAUCUCAAUUGGAACAAACGCGGGAGGCACUUGAGUGUGCGAAGAUGCAGGCAGCCGUACGUCAAGCUUGCUCAGAGAAUCAGGUCAAAACUCUGCGAGAGGAAAUUGAAGCUCAGAAAGCCGACAUUGAAGAACUUCGAGGUUCAAACGAGGAUCUGAAGAGCGUAGUCCAAAAGUUUUCAAAAGAUGUUUGGCACCAACAGGAUCACAUCGCUCUCCGCUACAUGGAAUCAGAGUCGGCUGAGAACGCUAUGGAAGCUUUGCGAAAGGCGAUCAAGGAAAGUCAAGAGGCUCAAAGUGGUAAGUAUGUCUCGGCUGAGAACGCUAUGGAAGCUUUGCGAAAGGCGAUCAAGGAAAGUCAAGAGGCUAAACGUGGUAAGGAUGUCUCUGUGGCCCGUGAAGUCUCAAUAACCUUGAUGGUCAUUCAGAGCGGCAUCGGCUCUCAAAAGAACGCAUUUGCGCCAUCGUGGAUGUACCAACAGGUUUACAUCCCUCCUUGA